GUCACGACAACAAAGCUCUCAGAUCUUCUCAGUGACUCAGAGUUGAGCAGCCGAGCUUGCCGAAAAGAUGGGGCUCUCCUCGGGCCUCUUGGCCUCCCUGUUAUGCCUGGGUUUCCUGGGCCCGGGCUUGGCUAACAAGCGGACGGAACAGUGUAGCUGUGCGGCCGAGCAAGGAUCCCUCCACGACCAUCACGCCAUGCUCCUGGACGGGUCUCGCAACGUCAGCCUGGCCGAGUACCGGGGCACGACCCUCCUGGUGGUGACCGUCGCCACCUUCUGAGGGUUCACCCAACAGUACGUCGGUCUGAAUGCACUAAGGAACAAAAUGGUCGAGGAAAACGGGCACCGUUUCGAGAUCCUGGGUUUCCCCACCAACCAGUUCGGGUUAGAAGAGCCAGCGAGAAAUGACGAGAUUCUGAACGGGAUAAGAUACGUCCGUCCGGGGAACGACUACGUCCCUAACUUCACCAUGUUCCAGAAGGGAGACUGCAACGGGGAGAACGAACAGUCGCUCUUCACUUAUCUAAAGAGCUGCUGCCCUCCCAUCUCUGACGUCAUGGGCAUCAGAGGCGACAAAGACAGGCUAUACUGGAAACCGCUCAAGGUCAACGACGUCCGCUGGAACUUCGAGAAGUUUCUGGUGGAUCCGGAAGGGAGAGGAGUCAAGAGGUUUUCGUCUUACGUGACGCCGGAGGAUUUGGAGUCCGUCAUCGAGGAGUUCAUCCAGAGCUGGAACGACACGCACGGGGGCGACACCUCGGGCGCCAGGAGCGCAAGGGACACCGGCCUAAUGUCCUGGCUUAACUAAACAUUCCUUACUCUAGAGGCCAGCCAUGAUUUUUUUUCCUUUUCCGUCAACACUCAGCCUCUCCCUCAACAAUCUAGCCUGAGCUUUUAACGCUACUUCACCUUUAUCCACUGUGUAACAUAUAUCCGUUGUAUUUAAAAACUGAGGGUAUUUAGGGUCAGCAAGGACUGUGGUUUCUAGUUGCAAUAUUUUAAAAAUAUUUCACUUUGAAAACGUUGUCCGUCGACUUGAUAUCCCAAACGUACACCCAGUUUUCUGAACAACGGAUAAACGUUACCCCGGAGAUAAAGAUAAACUAGCGUUAUGGUCGUCUAAUAGAACAGUUCCAUAAUUAUAUAAAUAGAAGUAAUCACGUUGAUAUUUCUUGAAGUCAUUCAGUUCUUCGAUAAUGGAAUAUCAUAUAUAUAGAGAGAAAGUGCGUACUUUGGUAAACCGUUAGUUCUUGGGCCCGACAACUCUAUGACGAGGGGAAUCACAAACCGCACCGCGGGGGGUCCCCUCAGAUGUGGAUGGAACCUUCCUCGGCCUUCGUGCAUUCAGCUGAGGGGGGCGACAUCCGGCGUUGUUUGGGUUCAACAAUGUAGAAUAAACGUUUACCAACACUUUCACGGACAA